AUGGUGGGUGCAACAACGCCCGCAUUUGGCACAAACAUGCGCAUAACAGUUGCGGCAAGUCAAGGAGGUCGUAGAUAUAUGGAGGAUCGUUGUAUGAUUCAUACAGAACGAAAUGCGGAUCGAAGUAUAAAUUGGGUAUAUGUUGGUGUUUAUGAUGGACAUGGUGGAGAAUAUGCGAGUCAAUAUGUGAGAUUGAAUCUACUCGAUAAUAUUACACGAAAUCGCAAAUUUGAUUCAACAGAUGAUGAUGAGAUUUUAGAAGCGAUUCGUGAAGGUUUUCUUAUCACACAUUCAAGAAUGCGUGAUGUUCACAGUAAGUUUUAGCUUUUGGCGGAGAAACCCAGUAAAUCGUAGAAUAGAUCUUCUCCCAUCUCUUCCUCAUUUUAUCCAACUCGUUCUUCCAGAAACUUGGCCAUAUACUGCAUCCGGUUAUCCUUCAACAGCCGGCACAACAGUCAGUUGUGUUUUCAUUCGAAACGGCAAAUUAUACACGGGUCAUGUUGGAGAUUCUGCAAUCUUUCUUGGAUCUUUGAGAAAUGGCACAGAUCCACGAUCCAAUUCUUUGACCAUCGAUCAUAAACCAGAAAAUUUGCAUGAACAGGAGAGAAUCAAAAAAGCCGGAGGAUGUGUAAGUUUAUUUUGAAUUUCCCAUAUAUAAGAUUAUGUAAUUACGAAAUGUUUUUUUUGCAGACAGCAGUGAAAAGCGGUGUGACUCGAGUUGUUUGGCGUCGUCCGAUGAAGUUUCACAAAAGUGGGCACACUGAAAAUAUUCCGUUUUUAUCGGUUGCUCGAAGUUUGGGCGAUUUGUGGUCGUAUUGUGAGGAGACUGAUGAAUAUGUGGUUUCGCCGGAUCCCGAUUGUGAUGUUUAUGAAUUGACUGGUAAGGGACAAAACAUUAUGAAUAUGAGAUAUGACGUGGCAAAGAUAGAAAAUCCCAUGAGUUCUCUAGCAGUCGUUGGACUUUUCCGAUUUUUCCACGUCAUAUCUUGUUUAGAGUUAUAUUAAUUGUGAGGAACACAAUUACUAGGAAUAAAAAGAAAUUAAUGUUUUGAGACACGAAUUCAAUACUGUGGCAGUUUAGAUAAUGCUUGAUUUAUUCCCAAAAAAAUCUCAAGUGUUUUUUCAGCAAAUGAUUUCUGCAUUGUCCUAUGCUCCGAUGGUAUGACAAAUGUAAUGAAUGGCGAUCAGGCGAUUUCAAUUGUUCACGAAGAAGAAGAACAAGUUCAAUUAGACACCGAUUUGAAUCGAAAUCACUCGAGAAUUUUGCUCAAAACAACACUUCAAAAAUGGAAGAAUUUACGAGCUGAUAAUGUAACUGUUGCCACUGUUAUUUUGGAUGAAGAUGAAACGGCUUAUCAGGAAAUGGAAGUUGUUGCGAGACCGGGAAAUUAUGCAUCUGUUGAUCAGGUUAGAAUUUUAGAUUGAACAAGUCUGAGAAAGAAUAUUUAGAACCUUUAUUUAACAAACUUUUUUUGUAUUACAAAAAUUCUAAUUUUGAACCAAAGUUUGGUGUUUAUCAAUGAGAAAUUCAAAUUGAUUUUUAAAAAAAAAUUACUGUUUCAAAUUUUCCAUAAAAGUUUUCGAUUAGAAAACAACUUCAAUUCUCCAUAAAUUUGUAUGAAACUCGAAAAUUUCCAGAAAAUCAAAUGUUUCAGGCUCUCACCGAACAUCCAGACGCAAUGCUCCACAUUUCGCCAACAAAUAAUGUUCUUUUGUGCACCCAACGAACACCGGUUAUUUAUAACGGUUCGAAAGAUUUGAAUUUUUGUCGUGUCUCUUAUCGUGGUCCCGGUUUUCGAACACAUGAAGAAGAAUUGCAAGAGGAAAAGAGAAAUAUUAUCAAUUUGUCAAGGUGGGUUUUUUGGGAGAGAAAAUUGUAAAUUUAAUACAAUUUUUCUUUCAAUUUGAAAAUUAGAAUUUCAAGUUAAAAGCUGGUUUUCCACUGAAAAAGUUUCUGAAAUUUUUAUCAGUAAUUUUUUAUUGAAAUUUAUCGAUUUUUUUUCUUAAAAAAUACAGAUUUCCCAGCCAAAAAAAAAAUCAUUUUGCGAUUUCCUCCAAUUGUUUUUUCUCAAUGUCCAAUUAUUUCAGAACUCCUCUCAAAAAUCUUGUCGAAUACGAAGAAGAAGAGGAAGAAAUCGAAUAUGAUGAAGAAGAAGAUGAUGGUGUAGAAGGAGGUGAAGCACUUACUGUAACUUCAAUCACCACAACAAAAGUCUUUGUAUUUCCAAGUCCGACCAAAAAAUUGCCGACCAAAAAAUUCGAAUUUUCACCCGAAGAUCAAGGAACAGAUGAGGAGGAUAUCGACAAAACACCGAGUAAAAAACGAGGGAAAAAGAAGAUUGUUACUCCGGAAAAUGUGGCGAGUUUGGAGGUGUUUGAGAAACGAGUUACACGAAGUGCAACGAAAUUGAAGACACCUGAAAUUCCUCCGAAAACUAAAAGAGUUAUCGCAACACCGGCGAGAAAAUCGACACGAAAAACACCGGCGAAAAUUGCGAAAACACCGGCGACUGGAAAAACACCAAAAAGUCGCAAACGAAAUCAUUCGGAAAUGAUGAAGAAUAAUAGUAAUAGUGAAAUGACUGGAAUUACGCCAGUCAUUGGAAAAAUGCGAAUGAGUUGUAGAAGUGCGCCGACGACUCCGAGAAAGGUUUGCUAUUUUUGGGAGGGAAAGGGAAAUUCAGUUUUUAUGAACAUUUUUUUUUCAAAAAAAAGUUGCUGUUUCAAUCUCCAAAAUCCUCAAUUUUCCAGCCGAAUUCGAAAUCUCCACCAAAAAAUGCUGGAAAAUCAUGGUCACCAUCAAAAUUGAACUCUUCUUCAAAUUCUGAUGGAAUUCAAAGAGUUCACGAAAAUGCGGAUGAUUUUGAAGAAAUCGAAGAAGAUAUUGUCGAAUUCAGUGAACCGCCAUCAAAAAUGCGCCGAAUUUAUGAUCGUUUUAAGAAAUUCAUUUGGGGAUCAGGAUCUGGAACAAAUUCUAGCCAAAAAUAG